CGCCCCUGACCUCUUAUUGUGACGCUGCUGGGUCCUGCUGCUUAGUCACGGUGACUGCUGAAGACUAUGGCGGGGGCGGAGGAGAGAAGCUCCGGGGGCCGAUACCAAACAAAACAUGAACUAUUCGUGGUCUUCUUGGAUUUUCUUUAGGUGGACUUUUCAGUAGCCAAAUGGAGUAACUUAUAUUUAAUUUACCUAUCCUGGACAAUUUAACAGUAGGCGCCAUGGAAUCGAUUGGAUUAAAAACCUCAAACGAUGGAAUACUAAAUGAAAACUUCCCGCUCGACGAUUGGUGAAGAAAAGACUAACUUCAGAUUGGAUUAUUUUUAAUUUUUUUUUAAAACCAUCUUUACCAUUUGGAAUUUCAGGAACUGUUAAAUUCAGUGUUUGUUAAUAUUUCCAAUAAAAAUAUAUUUUUCUAGACUGAUUUAAAAAAAAAAAAAUGCACAACAAGGGAAGUGCAUGAUUUUUAUGCUGUGGUUGUCUUGGAUGAUGUGCAUCUAAAGGUUGGCUGGAAGUGAGCUGGGGAUGUAUGCCACUGAGUGCAAGGCUGAAGUCACGCCCUCCCACAGCAAUGGUAACCGCCAAUUCCACUACUCACUGGCGGAUCAUACCAACCAGGCCUUCCAGAUAAUGAACGAGCUGCGGUUGGGACAGCAGCUGUGUGAUGUGACUCUGAGGGUCAAGUACAAUGACCUGCAAGCGGACUUUGUGGCGCAUAAAAUUGUGCUGGCUUCUAGCAGCCCCGUCUUUAGAGCCAUGUUUACCAACGGCCUCAAGGAAUGCGGCAUGGAGACGGUCUCCAUUGAAGGAAUUCACCCCAAAGUCAUGGAGCGGUUGUUGGAGUUCGCUUACACAGCCAGCAUCUCUGUGGGGGAGAAGUGCGUCAUCCACGUCAUGAAUGGAGCUGUCAUGUAUCAGAUGGACAGCGUGGUGAAAGCUUGCUGUGACUUUCUGAUCCAACAACUGGACCCCAGUAAUGCCAUUGGAAUUGCCUGUUUUGCUGAGCAAAUUGGGUGUCAAGAGCUUCACCAGAAGGCCCGGGAGUAUAUAUACAUGAACUUUGGGGAGGUAUCAAAACAAGAGGAAUUUUUCAACUUGACCCGCUGUCAGCUGGUGAACAUGAUUAGUCGCGAUGACUUGAAUGUACGCUGUGAGUCUGAGGUCUUCCACGCUUGUAUCAACUGGGUCAAGUAUGACUGUGAGAACCGGCGACCCUACAUCCAGGCACUGCUGCGUGCCGUUCGCUGCCAUUCACUCACCCCCAACUUCUUGAAGCUACAACUCCAGCGCUGUGAGAUCUUACGAGGAGACACCCGCUGCCAGGACUACCUGUCCCAGAUCUUCCAGGACCUGACCCUUCACAAACCCACUAGACCUCCUCAGGGAAGGAUCCCUAAUGUUCCGCAAUUCAUCUACGUGGGAGGUGGUUACUUUCGGCAGUCGCUUAACUUUUUGGAGGCCUAUAACCCCAUGGAGGGUGAGUGGCUCAGCUUGGCUUCUCUAGAAACGCCCCGGAGUGGCCUUGCUGGGUGUGUGGUUGGGGGACUCUUUUAUGCAGUUGGGGGUCGCAACAACGCUCCUGACCUCAAUGAGGACGCCAAUGCCCUGGACUGCUACAAUCCCAUGAACAACCAGUGGUCUCCAUGUGCACCAAUGAGCGUGCCCAGGAACAGGGUGGGCGCUGGAGUUAUUGAUGGACAGAUUUAUGCAGUGGGUGGAUCUCACGGGUGUCUCCAUCAUAACAGCGUGGAAAGGUAUGACCCGGAAAAGGAUGAUUGGCAGCUCGUUGCUCCAAUGAAGACUCGUCGGAUUGGAGUGGGCGUGGCAGUCAUCAAUCGGCUCCUUUAUGCAGUGGGUGGCUUUGAUGGGACGAAUAGACUGAACUCAGCAGAGUGCUAUUACCCCGAAACGGAUGAGUGGCGGGAUAUUGCAGCUAUGAAUGUUGUACGCAGCGGCGCCGGCGCCUGCGCUCUAGACACCAGCUUGUAUGCCAUGGGGGGUUAUGAUGGUACUGACCAGCUGAACAGCGUGGAGAAAUACGACGUGGAGAAGAACUCCUGGAGCUUUGUGGCCCCUAUGAAACACCGCAGAAGCGCACUAGGAGUCACUGUUCACCAGGGAAAGAUCUAUGUAUUAGGUGGGUAUGACGGGACCACAUUUUUGGACAGCGUGGAAUGUUAUGAUCCCGAUCAGGAUUCUUGGACAGAGGUGACACAAAUGUUGUCAGGACGAAGCGGCGUAGGCGUGGCCGUCACCAUGGAGCCUUGCCGCAAAAACUCGUGCGAGGGAUUCCUAUCUGAUAAGCAGGAAGGGAAACCACCGGACAAACAGCGAGAGAAUUGCUUCUUCUCCUCGCUCUGCAAGAAAUAACAAACAUGAAAGCUAUCUGAAGCAGCGCAGUAUUACAGAGAUGAACUGGCUUAUUUUUUCACUAUGGGUGGGAAGACACAAUGGUGCCUCUACAGGAACCAUUCUAAAAUAAGGAAAGAUCUAGUGCCAUGGAAAUGUAAUAGACCUACUCUUGCUAACAAGGACACUAUUGAAUAAAAUAUACAUUACUGGCAGCUUUUUAUGCUUGCCAUUAAAAUUGUAUAUAUUUUUAUUAAUAUCAAUUUCAAAGAUCUUUUUAUUGUAAACUUGGCCGCAUUAGUAGGUAGAAAUUUAAUGAACUAAUUCUCGGGGGGGGUUGGAACCUAUAAAUAGAGCAUAAAGUGCAAUCUUUUAUUUUUCUAUCGUUUUGACUUGCUGCUUUUGUUGUUUAUUUUGUCUUUUUUUUCCUUUUAUAACCAUUUUUGUUCUAGAAGGCAUAAUAAGUUUUAGCUGAAAAGGGUAAAACGUUAAAUAAGAAACUAGCUGUCAUUUUGCUUUUUAGCUUGUAGAAACCUUUUACUGCUCCUUUUGGACCAAAUGCCAAAGUUUAGCGUUCUUCUCCAACAAGCUCCUUCCUAGUAACAACCUAAGUCACUCAGCUUGAUGGCAGCUGGUAGGGCAUGUGCCAAGUCUGAAGAAGACCAGUCUGUCCAUUCCUCUCUGCAAAGUACAUUUGUCAUGUAAAAAUAAGAAGUUGGAAAGCCUAAAAUGUAAAACUAAUGCAAGCCAUCAAGUCUUAAAACUGGUAAGUUGCAAUAUAUUGUUUGCCUUUUGGGUUUAAUAUUGCUUUAAGACUGGAGAUUAAUUCUCUGGUUCCAGGCCAACCAUUAUGAAAUGUCAGCAAAAUGCUAGUAGAGCACAACCUGCCCAUGUGAUUAAUGUAUUAUGGUAGAGUUGGCCCAUUAAACUACUGAGUCCACCAUUCUCCAAUGCAGAAAGAGGGUUUUUCUGAAGACCAACCACAUCCUCUAGCGCAGGGCAGACCUUUGCUAGACCAUUCAUAACGUGAACUUAAACUCCUCCCCCAACCACACCCCACCUCCCCUCCAAAAGGCCUCUUAUCUCUUGAGGAUACAAGAAGUGUCACCAUCCAUUAUGUAUUUUUUGUAAUGGGGGAGCCCCCCCUCUCCUGUAGUGGACCAGGCUUAGAACACAGGUUCCCGGAGAUGAGAGGGUAAAAGACUGCCUCUCCCAGACCUUAUCCUUUCUGUAAUAUAUUUAUGCAGUGUAUAGAUGUACAGAUGUAUAGGAUUACAAAGAAAAAAAAUGUGAUUUUGUGUUGGGCAAUAAUUCUGCUCCCAAUCCAAUGUGUGUGUGUGUGUGUGUGUGUGUGUGUGUAUAUAGGUACACUUUCUGUACCACAAAUAUAUUAUACAGUUCUUACCUUCACUUGUAAUUUAACAUGGUUUUCAAUAUAAAGCUGUCAUUCAAUGAAA